AUACCCUCAGCUCUAAGAGCCCAAAUUCGAUAGUGCCAAUCCCACGUGUUUCAUUUCAACCAUCACUCAAAGCCGUGCUUCAGUACUCCCAAAUGUCAUGUCAUCAUACAACCCUCACACUCCCAAAUGGCAAAAAUAACUCGAAACCCCUUAUACUUGCUAUCUACAUAGUCAAGUCUAUCCCAUUGAUAGGUGCACAAGUGUGUUUAUACUCAACUCAACAUAUUUUUGGAUCAAGUAAUGACCUCGGCUCAACACAACAUUGAACUAGUGUGAGAUUCAUCCUUGCAAGUUACCUUCUCAACCUAAUCAUGCCUCAAUAUCUGAACAUUCAUGUUGGUGAGUACCUAUUUCAAAUUAUUGCUUUUACAAAGUUCUUAGUACGUUGAAGGUUAUAGUAAUUACAAGAUGGUUAGAUGAUUGAGAAAGUACCUGAGUUUGGUUGUACCAAUAAUAGCAUUAAAUCUUGAAGGAUGCUCCAUCUCUAACCAAUCUCCCAAAAUCUCUCCCAGCCACUACUCCAUCUCCUUUUUAACCCCCAUUCAUCCCCUCCGUUUUCCUCACACCGCAAUUGCUUCCUUCUUCCUCCUCACCACACUACCACACACCCCUUCCACUUUUCCACAUCCACAGGAAGCAGGUUUCCCCCCGCCUCCUUCCUCUACCGCCAUGCCCUUCCUUCACUCUCCCGCUCUUCUUCUUCUUCUACUUUUCCUAUCUCUUCCUUUCUCAGUUCAAUCUCAGCUUUCUCUCGAUUAUUACCACAAGACUUGCCCCGAUUUUGCACAGAUCGUUCAUGACACUGUUGCUCGCAAGCAUGCUACUAGCCCUGUCACCGCCGCUGCAUCUAUGCGCCUUUUGUUCAGCGAUUGUUUGGUUGGAGGCUGCGAUGGCUCUGUUCUUGUUUCAUCCAAUGUCUUCAACCACGCCGAGCGCGAUGCUGAAGUCAACCGCGAUCUUCCUGGUGACGCCUUUGACGUCGUCACUCGAGCCAAGAUCACCUUAGAGCUCUCCUGCCCUGGGAUUGUCUCUUGCUCCGACGUGUUAGCGCAAGCGACUAGAGAUCUCAUCGCGGCCGCAGGCGGACCGUCGUACAAAGUUGAAUUAGGGCGAGAAGAUAGCCUCGUCUCCAAAGUUUCAGACGUGGAAGGUAACAUUCCGAAACCGAAUCAAUCAAUCGACGAGUUGAUCAAGCUAUACACAGCGAAAGGCUUCACGAUUCAAGAAAUGGUAGCGCUAUAUGGCGGACGCACGAUCGGAUUCUCAAAUUGCAAGGAAUUCAGCGACCGGCUGUUCAAUUUCAGCAAAAACACACCAACAGAUCCUGAGAUUAAUUCGAAAUACGCGGAGGCGUUGAAGAUGUCCUGCGCCGAUUACGAGAAGAAUCCAGCAAGUUCGGCGUACAGCGACCCUAUAACGCCAGGGAAGUUCGACAACGUAUACUACCAGAAUCUGCUGAGAGGAAUGGGACUGUUGGCGUCGGAUCACGCGCUGGUGAAUGAUCCAAGGACAAGGAAAUUCGUGGAGAUGUAUGCAGGAAACCAGGCAUUAUUCUUCAAGGAUUUUGGAGAGGCGAUGGAGAAGAUGAGCGUUCGAGAGGUGAAAACUGGCGGGAAAGGAGAAGUGAGGACAAGAUGCGAUGCUUUCAAUUCAAUCAACCACCAUUAGGCAUUAUGCCAUUUUGGCUUUUCCUAAAUAAGUCUUUAAGGGGAUUUUUUUUCGUUUUUUUUCUUUUUUCUUUUUUCUUUGUAAGAUUUAUUUGGAAAAACAUUGUAGAGAGUUUUAUUGAUGGAAGAGAGUGAGAGGAAGAGGAAUAUUUUUUUUGUAAUUGUGGUUAUUUCAUGUU